UAACCUAUACAUCAAUUCCCAUUAUGUCAGUCAUGUAUCUCCCUUACUCCAAAAAACAAUGCAUCUUAGAAAAAACUAUUUAAGUUUCAUAAUCAUUUCACUAUAUUUUCUCUUAGUGUCACCUACUGAUUAUUGUAAAAUAUGUAAAAAAGGAUUGAGCCAUACUCUAUGCCGAUAUAAAGAGGGUCCUGCAGAUGCAUGCGUAGAAUACAAAAAACCGGAAAUUUCGUCAAGCGUUAAAAAGUACAUUGUUGAUAUCCACAAUGAUAUAAGAAACCAUGUGGCAUCAGGACAAGAAACCCGAGGUGCUUUGGGAAGGCAACCUUCUGCGUCGAAUAUGAAUCUUUUGCAAUGGGACAAUGAGUUGGGUGAAAUAGCGCAGAGAUGGGCAGAUCAGUGCAUUGAUUUGGAUGAGGAAAACCAACACGAUCAAUGCAGGACUACGGAACGUUUUGAACUAGGACAAAAUGUUUUAACGGCAGUAACGUCUACUUUGGAUGUCCCAGAAAUUGCAAUUCUUAUACUCAACUGGUACAAACAGGUCGAAAAUGUCUUACCAUCGGAUAUAGAAACAUUUUCUGGCAUACAGAGAGGCAAAUACCUCAUAGGGCAAUACACUCAAUUAAUAUGGGGAGAUACAAGGUUCGUUGGUUGUGGCAUGUCAACAUUUCGUAACAGAAACUUAACAGAUCCCAAUGCCAAGUAUCUCCAUCGCUUAGUUUGUAAUUACGGACCAAGGGGAAAUCUAAUCGGAAGUUCAGUUUACAAUCGUGGAAUUCCUUGUUCCAAAUGCUUUUAUGGAAGAUGCGAUACUAUUAGAACUAGCUUAUGUCAAGCAAUAGAACAGCCGUAUUCAAAAGAAUUUAAAAGCUCCCUACCACCAGGAAUAUCGUUUCAUAUAGAUAUGCCGAUAACCUUGUUUAGCACUCUAAGCCUCGGAUACAUUCUUAAAAACAAUCUAUCGCAUGUAAUUAAUAACGUGUUGCAAAAGGUUGCUGUUCACACUGAUAUAAGUAGGAAUGCAAAGAAGACGAGUUUACCAGAUACACUUCAAGUAUUGGCUAAUUUACUUGCUAAGAUUAAUGUGGUAGAAUUAACUAAGGAAUUAGCAAAUGCCCAAUUAUCUAACGAGGAAAAAAAAUAUUUAAAGAAAACAUCAAAUAUCUUGUACCAUGAUCCAAUUACCCAUCAAUUCUAUAAAAGCUUAUAUGAGUUAGAAGAAGGAAAAGUCAUAGUAGAUGGUUGUCAAAAUCAAGUUGAACGAUGCCAGUACGAAGAUGAAAGUACUACUCAAGCUACGCCAAAGGAAUAUAUUGUUUUACCCAAUAAGAUGGUUUAUAAAAAAAUUGAAGGUAUUUGGUUUCAUGGAAAGUGCAGGUGUAACUAUGUUUACAGAUCGCAUUCGCUAAAGUGGAAAAGUUCUAAAUUUUUUGUGAUUAAACUGAUGAUGUAUUUUAUUUUUGAGAUGAUUUGAUAAAUAAAAUAUUCUAACAUUA